AUGGUCGAAAUAGACGUUAAUAAAGAAAAUGAAGAGGAGCCUGACUUCUCCGAUCCAGAAGACUUCGUUGACGACAUCACUGAUGAAGAGCUUGUCAUGGAUGUACUUCGACAAAAACCUUCCAUGGAAGAAUACGAAGAGUGUUGUUUGAUCAUUUUUGGUCUUCCUAUUGUGGGACCAGACAGAGUUGCCAAGUUGCGCACUGUCCUUAGCAAGGGCUGCGUAUUUAUUGAAUUUCCCGACAAAGUGAAAGCUGAGUACGCUAAAGGUGUUCUUAAUGGAUACAAGCUGGACAAAAAUCACGUCUUCUCCGCUUUGCUUUUCAAUGAAGCUCGGAAUUUCCAACAACCUCCACAAAAUUGGCAACCACCCAAACCAACUCCUUAUAAUGAUGUGGGCGAUCUCUGGUGGUGGAUGCAACAUCCUCGAUGUCGCGAUCAGUUCGCAGUACAGUACGAAAAGGAUGGUGUUCCAACUGUUGCUUGCUACUGGCAUAUAAAAGGGCACGAUCCCGAAAUUGCCCGAUAUUUGGUGACGUAUGCUGAAGCCGGUGAGAAAAAUCAUUGGGGCGACGAUGAGGACUGCUUACGUAUCUGGGACGUUGUGACUGGUGAAAUGUUGAAGGGAUACUCUCUCUAUGCGCUCACGAAUCGCGAUCAAUUGCCCUGUUGGCCUUUUUUCCAAUGGUCUUUCGACGAGAAAUACUUUGCAUGUCUGAAGGCACCAGAAAAGGACAAACUCGAGAAGGAAAAGAAGGUCAAUGGUAUUUCUGUCUUUGAAACAGAAAAAUUCGCACUAGUUGAUCAUCGCAACAUUAUUGUGGAAAAUAUCAAAACAUUUUCAUGGAGCCCGACCCAGAACAUCAUCUCAUAUUACGCUGAAUGUACAGACUCUCUUCCUGCUGAAUUUGAUUGGGUGGCAGAUGCUAACGGUCGCGCGAGCGCAACAGAGAUUGAGAUCAGGCCGUACUCAAAGAAACAAAUGAAGGAAGGAGGUGAAGUGAAGUAUGUAGGUGGAUGCACUUACCACUUGGAAAUCUUCGAGAUUGAUAAGAAAGAUGUAUCAUUAAUGAAUCUCCCUCUUCCUGAACCGUUCAUCAACUUUGGCUGGCAACCCUAUGGUGAAAAGUUCUGUGUUCUUACUGGUAAUCAAGCUAAAGUAACACCGUUAGUUUAUCGCCUUGAACCUAACAGUCAUGCGCCUAAGCUGAUGAGCAAAUUGGAUCCUGGAGUCCAAUUCAACGAGGUAUCGUGGGCUCCACAUGGUGGAUGGUUGGCUAUCCUGGCGAAACGGUCGAAUGGUGGUAAUGUAAUGUUUGUUGACACAACCUUGCAAGAAGCUAAACGCACCAAUGUCGUAGAGCACCCGGGAUUUAACAAGGGAUACUGGGAUCCAACUGGUCGAUAUUUCGUGACAUGCUCAACGCUUGGAGGAAGAAUAGGAGCCGAUCUUGGUUUUAGGCUGUAUACUUUCCAGGGUCGCGAACUUUGUCGGAAGGCCUUGGAACGUUUGACGCAAUUUAAAUGGCGUCCUCGUCCACCCGUGAAAUUAAGUGAGCAGAAGUUGAAGGAAAUCAAGAACAACUUGAAGAAGACAGCAGUUCGCUUCGAGCGUGAAGAUAACGAGGAAAAGAACAGAGCCAGCCAAGAAGUUAUUGAGAGGCGAAGGAAGAUAAUGGCUGCCUUCGAAUUGAUUCGCCAAAAGAAUCUGAAGAAAAUUGCUGCUCAGCGUGAGCUUAGGAUAUCUCUUCGAGGUGGUGUGGAUACUGACAACAAGCAAGCAGAAGAGCUCGUUGAAGAGCAAAUUAUGGUAGCGCUCGAUACGCAAAAGACUUUAGCUCCACUGGGAGAGGACGAGCUGGACUAG